CUCAGCACCUUUCUCUCUCCCUCCUCUUCUUCCCUCUCAUUCUCUCUCUCUCUCUCCCGCACUCUUCAGAAUUUAGAAUUCAGAAUUCGGAAUCAUUCUCAGAGUACACUUACCACUCACUACAAAGGUCCUUAGGGUCUCACACCUCACUUCGCCCAUCUCCUCUCUAUCUCUCCUUCUCCUCCGUUCUCAUCUCGUCAAACCCUAAUACCCAUUUCCACACCUUAUCGUGUUUGGCGAACAUGGAAAACAAGGAGAAUCGCAUGAGGGUUACCCGUGCUGCGAAGAAAAGGGCCGCUUCUUCAAUACCCGAGAUUCAGCAACCUCCUGUUACGAAGAAGCGAGCGGUCUUGGGAGAACUCCAUAACUUGCAGUCCAAUGUUGUCUCCAAUCCGACUGCGAUUCUUGAACCUCAGAAGAAGGCCGCUUCUUCCAUGCCCGAGACUCCGCAACUUCCUGUGACAAAGAAACGACCCGUCUUGGGAGAGCUCCCUAACUCGCAGUCCAAUGUUGUCUCCAAUCCGACUGCGAUUCUUGAACCUAAGAAGCCCAAAUGUAGGUUGAAGAAGAAGGAUGUGAAGCCCGCCAGGCCGGACAUUGAUCCGGAUACUUUCGAUCCUCAGAUGUGCGUGCCUUAUGCGUCUGACAUCUUCGAGUACCUUCACUCCAUGGAGAUGGAGGCGAAAAGGAGGCCGAUCCCUGAUUACAUUGAGAAAGUUCAGAAGGAUGUUACAGCAACCAUGCGAGGGGUUCUGGUGGAUUGGCUGGUUGAAGUUGCAGAGGAAUAUAAGCUUGUCUCUGACACUCUUUACCUUACCGUCUCCUACAUUGACAGAUUUCUAUCUUCGCAUGCUAUCAACAGGCAAAGGCUACAACUCCUAGGCAUCUCCUGCAUGCUUAUCGCUUCCAAGUAUGAAGAGAUCAGUCCUCCACAUGUAGAGGAUUUUUGUUAUAUAACAGACAAUACUUACACGAAACAAGAGGUGGUAAAGAUGGAGACAGAUAUUCUCAAAUUUCUGAACUUCGAGAUGGGAAAUCCCACCAUAAAGACUUUUCUCAGGAAAUUUACUAGAGCAGCUCAAGAUGAUCAGAAAUCACCCAAUUUGCAAUUGGAGUUCCUUGGAUGUUACCUUGGAGAGCUAAGUUUGUUGGAUUACAGUUGCAUCCGUUUCUUACCGUCAAUGGUUGCUGCUUCGGUUGUUUUCCUUGCAAGAUUCACAAGAAGACCAAAAGUGCAUCCAUGGAGCUCAACGUUGCAGCAGUGCAUGGGCUAUAGACCAUCUGAUCUUAGGGAUUGUGUCCUUGCAAUACAUGACUUGCAAUUAAAUAGGAAAGGGACCUCUUUAGUAGCUGUAAGAGAUAAAUACAGGCAGUAUAAGUUCAAGUGUGUGGCAACAUUGUCUUCCCCUCAAGAGAUUCCAGCGGCCUACUUCAAUGAUGUUUGAUACAAGUUCUUCUUGCAGUUUGGGGUGUUGGAUGUACAGGGUUUUACUCUUUAAUGCCAAGAGAAGUGGAAGGUUUUCAUUAGGAUGAAAAUUCUUUGUGAUUGUUCAUUUUGAUGGGAAACCUACUUUUUUGCCUCUACCGCCUCUCUCAUGGUGUUGAAGAGUCCUUCUAGAUGGAGUGACAUCCUGCAUUUGGUUACUUUGAAGUUCUUGCAUUUGUGGAAACUGAUGCUGGAAAAGUAGCAUGUUAAUGACCUUGGACUGCCUUUAAUGAUUAUUGAGCUGACUUUUUCUUACUAAGGAAGGUAGAUCUGACAAAUACGUGGUUGUAAAGAUAGGUGGAUAAUGUUGAGAAAUUAAAUGCUACGUAGUCUUUUGUUUACUCCUUUACCUAGAAUGAUGUAGGAACAUGAUUCUGUAUCUUGAAGCUUGGACUUGUCAUGUAACAGAUUUCCAAAAAUAAAAGGAAAAUUUUCAGUCAA